CGUCACUGUGCAGCAGUAAAUAUCAUCCGUAACGGUUGGUCCCCUGUGAAGCAGCUUCAUGGGAACAUGAAGCCCAGGUUGGCUGGAUGAACAUUUAAAAUUUUGAUCAUCAUGAGUGGGCUAGUGAGAAGGAUUUCAGAGGACAUGGAUCGACAAAUUGUACAGGAGGUAUACGAUGAGGACACAGUGUCGUCUACCUCAGUGGGAAUGUCGGAUUUGUCAGAUGAGAUUCUGCUGUGCAUCCUCCGCCAUGUUCCAGUGUGCGACCUGCUGCUGAAUGUGGCGAACGUCUGCCACAAGUUACAGACACUGUGCCAUGAUAAGACCCUGCUCACACACGUCAGCCUGUCUGAGGAGUAUCUGGCUGAUGAUCUUUUGGUUCGGCACAUACUGAAGCAGCUGGCCAAUCACGUGCAGUCUCUCAGCCUGAACGGUUGCUACUGGCUGUCUGGGUCUACCAUGGAGUCUCUCGCUCGCUGCAGGGCAGUGACGCACCUCGACAUCACUGGGUGUCGCGUCACUUCUGUCCGUCUGUCCCGUCUCCUCUCCUCCCUCUCUUUACUCAGAUCACUUGCUUUUGAUGUGACACCAGGCUUCAACUCUGCUCAGCUCAGCUCAGAGGCGGUGGGUUCACUGAGCCGCCUGUCGGAGCUCAGACAGACGCUGUUGACGCCGAGUUAUGGUGUGGUGCCGUGCUGCGCCCAACUCCGCAAACUGAUGCUACAGUUUGACAUCCCGGAUGUGACCAGAGAGGGUGUCGGUGUUUGCUGUCAGCUAAUGGUUGGUCAAAGCAGUGUGCCGCACUACCAGCAGCUGGAGGAGUUCACUGCCAGGCUGGCUCCAGGGGAGGUAAACCAGACCUUGCUCCUCCUUUAUCUGGCAGUAUUCAGUGUUCAUGUUCCGAAACGUCUCAGAGUUUUCCUUGUCUCGAUUCCUGGCCCAAAUCCUGCUCACUGGCCCGCCGCUCCCUCACUGGCUCAGAGCUUGGGUCAGCAAGGUGACCUGGAGGCCCUGCAGCUCCCUCGGUCCUGGCUGGAUUCCGUGUCACUAAAGAGAGCUCUGGAGGGAAACAGUCCGAAGCACCUGAGCUUCAGCCGCUGCCCGGCAUUGUGGCCACAGGUGUUCCAGUCGCUGCUGGAGGGAGGAGUCAGAGAUGCUACACAGCUGACCAGUCUGAACCUCAGCGGGAUCAACCAGGUCCUUUAUUCAGAGUGUAGGAAUGUGGAGGAUCACCUGGUUCCAGGGACAGUGAGCCGGUUGGCAGUUGGCUGUUCCAACAUUAAACACCUGAACCUGAUGCACACGCACUAUCAUCAUGAACAUUCACCUGGGCUGGCUGGGGAAACACACUUGUGCGCCAGCUUGGUCAAAUUCAGACGCCUGCGCUCUCUCACUCUGCCUGCCUGCGCUCUGUCAGACGGUUUAAACUCGCAUCACCUCUCUACAAACACGUCUCCCUCGUCGUUGUUCCUGGGGCUAAAGAAAGCUCCACGCGUGGGGAUCCAGAAUUACAAGCCUGACUCAGAGUCCGCUUUGUCAGGGGACAGUACGUCAGGGCUCACUCAGCUCUUAGCCGGCUGCCCUUUUUUAGAGACCUUAGAGAUCAUUGGUCCAGGUUUCGUCUCUGCGAUGCCUCGACUCGAGCCGUGCACUCGUGCCAGCGUAGAGCCUCGUGGUAUGUGCGCGUGGGCUCGAGGAGUUGGCGAUGCGCAUUUAGCCGCACUUGAGGCUUUGCCUCGAUUACAUCGUCUGACUCUGGCUGGGCUUCCUGGGGUCUUGAGGGGGACAGGGCUGGUACAGCUGGCCAGACAGUGCAGAGACCUACAGGUUUUAUCUCUGGCCAACAUGGGAUCCCUAAAAACCAUGAACUACACCCCUGCCUUGUUGGACAUGCUGAAACAGUGCACGCAACUACAGGAACUCAGGUUAGAGCAGCCUUACCUGAAUGCCAACGUGGCAUUCUUUGAGGCUCUGUCCUCCUGCUCUCGUCUCCAGCGUCUCUGCCUUAUCUCACGCAGCGGCACCUUUGACCCGUCAGCCACAGAAACCUUCAUGGAGCGAUGUGGUCAUGUCAUCAUGUGCCACAUGUUCAUGGGCGGCACCUUGGUGGCUUGUCGCACACUGCAGAAGGCUCUGCUGGACAGAUUUUCAGCUGAGCGCUCAGCCCUGAGUGUGGUCAUCUACCCACUACAACAUGAAGACCUGCACUCAGUCAUCAGAGAUAUCCCACUAACACUGCUGGAUCGGAUAACUUUGUUCCAGAGCCACGUAGCCCAGCCACCACAUUUAUCACCAUUGUGACAUCACCAGAAAGCUUCAGUGUGAUAGGUGCUUAGCAGCUGAGGUGCUCAGACUGUUUUUUGUUUUUUCAUCAGGAAAAAAAAAGACAAAUGAAAGAGACUGAUUUUCAUCUGCACUCUGAUUGUGUGAUCUGUUACACCAAUAACGGUUACAACAAUCCAUCAAUAAUGCUUGUUUACAUUUACAUGACUCAUGACUCAAGACAUGGUGGUCUUUAAAGGGAAAUCUACUUCAGCUCACCUCCACCAGGAGGUCAAAAGUCAGGGUAGGAAUAUUAAGUCUCUACAUCAUUUUGUAUUUGGUGCCACGAAGGCCAAAAUUCUGGCAUCUCAGUCAAAGAUCAUUUCUGCUAUUUUAAAAAUAAGUGCCAAACGAUAUAAAUCAAGGGAUGUAUUUCUUCUGAAACCACAGUAUUGUAAUAAACGCCAUAUAAAUUA